AUGACAUCACCAGCAUCGGGCGGGCCUGAUGGCAUUAUGGUAUUCCGUCCAACGUUUGAGGAGUUCAAAGAUUUCAAGCAGUACAUUCAGUACAUCGAGUCCAAAGGAGCUCAUAAAAUGGGAAUUGCCAAGAUCAUUCCUCCCAAAGAAUGGGUGCCUCGAAAGAAAGGUUAUGAUGAUCUUGACCUGAUGAUUCCUGCACCGAUUGAACAAGUAGUCACCGGCCAGCAGGGGUUGUACACACAGUACAACGUACAGAAAAAAGCCAUGCAUGUCAAGGAGUUUGAGAAACUUGCAAACUCCUCAAGAUAUUGCACACCAAAGCAUUAUGAUUAUGAGGACCUGGAGAGAAAAUACUGGAAGAAUGUUGCGUUUAGUGCUGCCAUCUAUGGAGCCGACAUCACGGGAUCUCUGACAGACGAUGACCAAGAUCACUGGAAUAUCAACCGUCUGGGCACCAUCCUGGACCAUGUGAAGAACGAUUUAGGCAUUCUCAUCGAGGGGGUCUGUACUGCAUAUCUCUACUUUGGCAUGUGGAAGACCACGUUUGCUUGGCACACAGAAGACAUGGAUCUCUACAGUAUUAAUUACUUGCAUUUUGGUGCUCCAAAGUCUUGGUAUGCCGUUCCUCCUGAGCAGGGGCAGCGGCUGGAGAGGCUGGCUCAGGGUUUCUUCCCUAGUAGUUUCAGUGAAUGUCCUGCCUUCCUGCGCCACAAAAUGUCACUCAUAUCACCAUCAAUCCUCAAGAAGUAUUCCAUUCCUGUCCAUAAGGCCACCCAGGAGGCAGGAGAAAUAAUAAUUACAUUCCCAUACGGUUAUCAUUCUGGUUACAACCAUGGCUUCAAUUGUGCCGAAUCCACCAACUUUGCCACUGAACGGUGGAUAGAAUAUGGAAAACGCUGUCUGCAGUGUGUUUGCCGCCGAGAUGGGGUAAAAAUCUCCAUGGACAUCUUUGUGCAGAAGUAUCAGCCGGAACGAUAUCUUCUGUGGAAGGAAGGCAAAGAUAUUGCACCUCAUCCUGAAGGUCAUCGGGACGCAAAGAGGGUAUCUAACAACAGACAUUCCAGAAAAAAGAUCGAGGCAAACAGCUCUGGUACAGCACAUUCCAGAAGGCAUCCAUUAAAGGAAGACUUCCCAAAGACAAGCAUGGAGGUUAUGGUUAUGGCACCUGAUGGUGAUCAAUGCACAACACUAGAAUUCCAGCAAACAAAACAGACUUACUGUGAAGCUGACAGACAUAAACCAAAAAAGAAGAAAAUGACAGAAAUUAAUGAUGGCAUUGAAAGGAAAAGGAUGAAAGUGGAAGAUUUUGAACUGAAAUAUGCAAACUGGUUACACAGCCAUUCAAAGCCCACAUGUGUUCAGACAACAGAAAAAUAUGAAUCUUCACAGAAUCUUUCUCAAAAGUUAAAUCCACCUUCAAAUUUAUCCCCAUUUCAAGAGGCUUUCCUGAAAUCAUUAUCAUCUUCCGGUGCAGAUACCUGCCAGAGUCUAGCAUCAGAGUCUAAGCAGUCACUUGCUAGUGGUCUGUCGACAACCAGCUCCACAUCUUCGUUGUUGACGCCACGAUUUGUUUCACUGUCUUCGUAUCGUCCCCGGGCAUUAGCUAAAUCCACGCACAGUUUGUCACAAGCAUCCUCAUAUCCACAGGCCCACUGUUUGUCACACGUAUCCUCAAAUCCACAUUCGCAAAGUUUGCUUCAAGUAUCUUCAAAUUCACAGUCGCAGUGUUUGCUUCAAGUAUCUUCAAAUUCACAGUCGCACAGUUUGUCACAAGUAUCUUCAAAUCCACAGUUGCAAUGUUUGCCACAAGUAUCUUCACAUUCACAUUCGCACAGUUUGUCACAAGAAUCUUCAAAUUCACAGUCGCAUAGUUUGUCACAAAUAUCUUCACAUUCACAGUCACACAGUUUGUCACAAAUAACUUCACAUUCACAGUCGCACAGUGUGCAGAAAUCUUCGAAAAGUCUGUGCCAAGUAUUUACAGAUGUGUUUUGUGAUAACUUAGUGCCAGGUAAAUUAAAACGUGUAGAAAAGGCACAGGAUGGUAGUGUUCAUCCUAAUGUGCCCAUUCAGAGUCCUAAGGAGCCUAAUGGGGUGAUUGCAACACCUAUGGGUGUUCAGGGGCAUGUAACACAGGCUCACAGGUAUGUUUCUCCAAGGAAUGCUCCAUCAGGGACUGUCAUGUAUACUAAACAGACACCUGGUCCCAGAAUGCCAGGAGCUAUAAAUAGGCCUAGUCAUUUGUUGGGUUCUCCUGCUUGGAGACCAGCUUAUUGUAUGCAGUUGGGGAAGAACAGCUUAAAUAGUCAGGACUUGAACCCAGCACAGGCGGCAGCAGGGAAGCUUGUGUCUGGGAUUCAUCUGGGACAUGGUUCCCCUAGGAAACCAACUGAAUCUUCUCAUCCACAAAAGACACAUCAACAGCAGGUGAAGAUACUUAAACCAGCAUCUUCACAGAAGACUGGCAAGGCAUCGUUGAUAAGUUUACUAAACCACCCACAAAAUAUCAGCCACCUAAAUCCAUAUAAUGUUAGUGGAGUUCCACGGCAACAAACUGUAAAUAGACCUUAUAUUGGUUUCAUUCCGUCUCAGAAUACAAGCCUGCCUAAAGCCGCUACAUCUUCCACACAGACUGUAACACUGUCGUCACCACGUGGUGUUCCUCAGAUUUUACAGUUACAGGAUUGUGUAAAUAUAGCAACACCCAUGUUGCCAAAUAGCCAGGGUGCUAAACCACGGGUAACUGAAGAGUCCUUGCUGAAGCAGUUUACGGGACAGUUAACUGAGGAAGGGCACUGUUCACCUCAAGGACAUCUUGAUACAGAUGAGCAGAUGCACAGCCAGAUUACACAGCUUCCGGGACAGUCAACUGAGGAAGGGCACUGUUCACCUCAAGGACAUCUCUCUGCAGACGAACAAAGUCAUAUACUGCCUACGCAGUCCCAGGUUUCAGCUGACAACAACCAGCAGCAAGAUUCAACUCUAACCAAGUGUGUACAGAAUCAAAUGCCACCAACGACUCAAUCAGAAUGGAAAUAUAAUGUGUGUCAGCAGCUACAGCUUCCACAAACCACAGCCAGCACUUGUCAGGCUGCAUCAGAUUUGUUGGCGCUUCAGGAAAAAACCUUACCUCAGGAAGCAGAUAUGCAAAUUUCAUCAGGGUUAUCAGAUCCAUUACUUCAGUGUUCCAAAUCCAACUCCAUUGUAACACAGAGCUUACUUCAGAGCAACAAACACCUCUCAUUGACUCCCUUGUUAGCAGCUAAGGAGGAUAAUAAUCAUGGUCUAGGUUUAAAUCAAUCACCGGCACCAUCAGGCACACGAGUGCACAGGCAGAAGUUUAGAGAUGCCGUAUCAUUGUCUGCAUCAUCGCCAGCACUAACACAAGCUGUAGGCAACCCAGUUGUAACUGUAUCAUUGUCACACAUUGUUGGACAUACUCCUGGGGGAUUGGUUGCAACUCAAGCACAAACUGAACAGCUUGUAACUCAGACACAAAGCCAUGGGUAUUGGACUGUGAGUCCAGUGCAGAUGAACAGAUAUGCUAAUGGAAAUUUGACUGUGAAUCCAAUGCAGACCAACGGAUAUGGUAAUGAGAAUUUGGUUGUGAAUCUGGCACAGACCAGUGGAUAUUAUGAUGGGAAUUUGAUUGUCAGUCCAAAUCAAACCAAUGGAAAUGAUAAUGGAAACUUGGUUAAAUCAACCACUCCUUCAUUGUUUCCAGGUUUGGUAUAUAAUAAUAAUGGUUACAACCCUGUUGUUACUGUAUUGUCACAAACUGGUGCACAUAGCGCUGGGAAUGCAACAGAAGUAGAUGUUUCUUCACUGUCACAAACUAUUGCACAUAGCAAUGGAAACUUUGUUACUCCAUUGUCACAAACAGUGGCAUGUAGCAGUGGAAACUUUGUUACUCCAUUGUCACAAACAGUGGCAUGUAGCAGUGAAAACUUUGUUGUAACUCCAGCACAAACUGUUGGACUUGGUCAUGGACGUUUAAUCAUGUCUCCAAUGUACAGCAACGAACUUGUCACAGAGAAGCCAGGAGUAACUGUGUCAACCACAUUAGUACAAACUACAGAACAGGGUCACAUGCACUUGUCUGUAACCCCAUCAUGCAGUCCCACAAGAUUACAAACUGGAGGUACUGUGAUAAUCCCAUCCUCUAUGUCUCCACCAGAUACAGUAGCUGGGACUAGCCAAGAGGUAGGUUUAGUAUCUCCUCUGAUUGUCUCUCAGGCACCAUUAAGUCAUGGGAGACUAGCUUCAGCUUCAUUAACUGACCACAUUGAGCCACAAAGCAGAGAUCUCAUGGACUCAGUGCCUGAGACAGUUCCAUCGUCCACUCCCACUUCCAUAAAAGUGGACGGGGUCCCUGUUACUGUUGCACCUUCCUUUUCUCCUGUAUCACAAUCCAUAGGAAAUUGUGGCAGCUCAGUUUUAACCCAAGGAUCCACUUGUGCAGCACAAGAAGUCACUUGUUCCAGUAAUGGAAACUUUGUUGUUUCAUGCUCCAUUGCUCCUGCAGUGGUCGAAUUACAGGGCUCUGAUCUUGGAGAUGUCAUGAAACCUAUACCCUUCAUCACCACAAGAACACAAGCUAUAAGGCCGAGUGGUGCGAGUCCUUUUGCACCAUCCACUGUUUCAUCAGUGCCUCCAAGCGGAAGCGGAAGACCUGUGGGGACCUCCUGUGAUAAGCCAAAUAAAAAACCUGUUUUGGCUGUGAAAGACAGAAAACCCAAACAGCCAAAACACAAAAAGGAGAAAAACAGCAAUACAACCAGGCAGCAAGACAGUUUAGUGGAAUGUACAGCAUUAUCAGAAAAAAUGUAUGAUGUUUCAGAACAGAUGCCUUCAUCAGUGACAACAGUGCCAGACCUGAUGUCAGCUGCAAACACAGACAGUCACAUUUUCAAAUUGCCUGGACAAGAUCACGUGUGGGCAAGACCAUUAACCAGACUCUGGCAGAGUGGACCUUGUGAUGUCAGUGCCAUUCAGUACUACAACAGAAUCAUGUCACAACUGCCACCCCACUGCUCAGUUUGCUCCCUGUUUCAACAGUUAGAUCCCCAGAAGCAGACAGAUGUUUUCACUGCAGACCCUGGUCAUGUGGAGGUACCAGCAAGAACUGUGCCUUGGAUUCCAGAGAACUUGUUUGCUGUAAGUGCUUCCAACAAGACACCAGUUUGUGACAACACGAGUGUGGAUGCUGAGGGAUGCAGUGCUCUUCUCCGUUGCACAAAAUGCGGUGUUUGUGUCCAUGCCAGUUGUUAUGGUGAGCUGGACACAGACUUGUCCCAGGACUGGACCUGCUGUGCUUGCCAGUCCGCGGCCACUAGUCCACAAUCUGUGAUCUGCUACCUGUGCUGUUUAUACGGCGGUGCCCUCCAGCGUACAACAGAUGGACACUGGGCACAUAUUGUUUGUGCACUGACUGUCACUGAAGCUGUCUUUACUGAUGUCAGACAUCGGUCACCCAUCAACAUCUCCAGCAUUAGUGCUGCCAGGUAUAAGUUGAAAUGCAGCCUGUGCACUUGUGUAGCCACCAGCAUCAGUCACAGGACAGCCUGCGUCCAGUGCUCCGUGGGCAGGUGUAUGACCUCCUUCCAUGUUACCUGUGCUUAUCAUGCUGGCAUCAAGUUUGAGGUCAGUGCCUGGCCGGCCCCAGUUUAUGUCACCUGUCUGAAGCAUUUAUCUGGGCCCAGCAAACGGACCAGACAUCCUCGGAAGCUCUCGGUGGUCAGUGCAGGAGAUAGGGUUGUUGCCAAACACAAGAACACCAGGUUCUACUGGGGGAAGGUUGUUGGUGUGACCAAACGGAAGCUGUUUGUUGUGGACUUUGAUGAUGGGACUUACAGCCAGAAUAUACUGCCAGGGGAUAUUCAGGGACAGGACGGGUUUGUCAGCGGAGAACACAGACCAGGAGAACAUGUUCAUGUACUGUGGCAUGAUGGACUGAUGUAUGGGGCAACUGUGCGUGAUAUCAACUUACAAGACAUGUACACUGUGGAGUUUGAGAAUGGCUGCCAGCGGCAGGUCACCAGAGAGGACAUGUGGACAGAGGCUGAGGAUAUUCCUAGGCAUGUCAGGAACAGAAUGUCGCAGGCUACAGAUAAGAAGUUUGAGGACAGUUCCCCAGUUUGUGUCGGACCCAGGAACAAGAAGAGAGUCAACUACAGACAGUUGGUUGAGGGCAGUCUGCUAGAGUAA